UUUAUCGCCAAAGAGCAAGCCCUAAGCGUUCAAUUGUAUGGGGUCAAUUCGCAAACAAACAUUUUUGGGGAUUUUCUUGUAAUUUAUAUUUUGGAGUUUAUGGUAAAUAUAUGACUUUAUUUGCUUAACAUGAUACAGGUAGGAUUUCACACUGAAACACUUUUUUCCGUAUUUCAUGUCCCUUUUUUAACCAGUUAUGACAGAUCAGUGAUUGUGAACAAUCACUCCAAAAACUGCAUCCGCUUUGUGGUCAGAUCAACUCAGGCCGACUACAUCAGUAUUGAGAAGAAAGAUGGGUGCUACUCUUCUCUUGGCAGAACUGGUGGCAAGCAGGUGGUCUCCUUCAACACGGCAUCGAUCAGCAUGAGCUCAGUCAUGCCCUGGGCUUCUACCAUGAGCAAACCAGGAGAAGUUGUGACCAGUACGUCAAGAUCAUCAAGAUCAUAAAUGCAACAUUUUCUCAUGAGAGCCAGAUUCAUAUUAAAGAGGACAAGAUUUCAUUAGUCAUCUUUUUCUCAUCGUUCAUUAUUUAAAACAAAUCCAAUUAAAUAACUAAAAGAAAAUAUAGAUUUUAAUUUUUUCGAUAAAAGCCUAAAUGUUGUUAUUUUAGGUUUCUGUUAUAGUUUCACUGGUAGAUACCAGAUAGAUAUAGUAAGCACAAGUACAUUAUGUGUACAUUUUCAUUAUUAAACAUUGUGUUGGAGAGAAGUCGUCUUCCAUCACUGUUUUUAUUAUGUUCUUAUUGCUCUUAUGCAUUUUAUAAUAUUUACAUAGGGCUUGCUGGUUGAUGGCAGGGUCUUAAAGGAAGGAUAAAUUAGAAGGGGAGCUCUAAUUUUAGCUAAAUUUAUGGAAAUGUUUGUGAAAAAUUAUGUAAAAUUAUUUUUUACACACUCACACCGAGAGUAUGGAAAAUGGAGCACAGCUGGAGGAAAACAAA